AUGGCAGCUUUGGAUCUCACAAUAAGCAUGUUGACACUCAUUGUUGUUGUUUCUCUUGGUUUGUGGAGUGGUGUUCAAGGUGCACUACAAGUGCCAUGCUACUUCAUUUUUGGUGAUUCUUUGGUUAAUAAUGGGAACAACAACCAACUCCAAUCUUUGGCUAGGGUUGAUUACUUGCCUUAUGGGAUUGACUUCCCUGGUGGACCUUCUAGAAGGUUUUCCAAUGGGAAAACCACUAUGCAAUUGGUGACUGAACUUUUGGGAUUCGAUGAUUACAUACCUCCAUAUGUUGAUGCAAGUGGCGAUGCUAUAUUCAAAGGAGUCAAUUAUGCAUCUGCUACUGCUGGAAUUAGGGAGGAAACUGGGCAGCAACAGGGAGGGCGUAUUAGCUUUAGUGGGCAGGUGCAAAAUUACCAAAGCAUAGUUUCUCAAUUGGUAAAUUUACUGGGAAAUAAGGACUCAGCUGCAAAUUACUUGAGCAAGUGCAUAUACUCAAUUGGGUUGGGUAGCAAUGAUUACCUCAACAACUAUUUCAUGCCUCAAUUCUAUUCCAGCAGUAGGCAGUACUCACAACAUGAGUAUGCUGAUGUUCUCAUUCUAGCAUAUACUAAACAAGUAAAAACUUUGUACAAUUAUGGACCAAGGAAAAUGGUUCUAUUUGGAAUAUGCCAAAUAGGUUUCAGCCCAAAUGAAUUGGCCCAAAACAGCCCUGAUGGUAAAACAUGUGUGGAAAAGAUCAAUUAUGCAAACGAGGAAAACAUGUGUUCUAAAAUUGACAUAGCAUUUGCGAGGGAUUUAACCAUUUUAGCUGUAGAACCUCUAGCUGAUUAUCCUUCCCCAUAUGAAAUUCCUCAUGCUGAUUCAACUGAACCACCUUCACAAGAUAAUAGCCCUUCUAAUGGCUCAACUGAAUACAUUGAGUUAUAUUCAAUGCUAUUAGAAUAUUUCGAUCUGACUCAAAAGGAAAAAACUUAUGAGACCCCAUGUGACAACUUUGAUGGCAAAUGGAUCCGAGAUAGGAGAGGCCCUUUGUACAAUAGUACAACCUGUGGUACAAUCAAAGAAGGCCAGAAUUGCAUAACACGUGGAAGGCCUAACUCUGGCUAUCUAUACUGGAGAUGGAAACCAAGUAAAUGCAGUCUUCCAAGGUUUGAGGCUCAAACUUUUCUCCAACUCAUUAGCAACAAGCAUGUAGCUUUUGCUGGGGACUCAGUGCCUAUGAACCAAUUAAAGUCCUUUCUUUGCAUGUUAUCCACCGGUUCAACCCUGAAUCUUGUCUACCGGAACGACAACGACAACAUUAUUGUGCUAUCAAUUGGGCACUGGUUUUUGCAUCUUGUAGUGUACUAUGAGGGUGGUUUAGCAUUGGGGUGUCACAAUUAUCCUAGCCUUAAUCACACUGAAAUUGGGUUUUAUGAUGUCUUAAGAAAGGCUCUAAGGACUACCCUUAAUAGCAUUAUUGUUAGGAGAGGGGUAAAGGCUAUGGAAUUGAUGUAA